AUGAAUCGUUUUGGCGAUAUUGAUGUUUCGUUCAAAAGACUUCCACCUAUUUAUGGUUAUCAUGCUGAAGAACUUGUUUCGAUUGAAAAAGCACUGAAACCUAUUGAAUCCAAAAUUAAGGAACUCUCUCGUUUCAUAAAGGUUGCUAAAGAUUACUGCCAUUUCCCAUCUGAACAUGGACUAUCGCAUGAUGAAUCAGCUGCGAUAUACAUUUAUACAAUGGAAUGGGGUGAAACGACAUUAUAUCGCGUACUAAAUAAAGCAUUGCGAUCAGAAAAUAGGCAAGUCCCAGAAUUAAAAAUAUGGUUCCCAUAUUUAAAAUUAUUUGAUACAGCAUUAGACAAGUUACCUACUGUCAAAGAGGUAGUAUGGCGAGGUGUACCUCUAGAUAUUGGAAAAAAUUUCACUGACAAUCAAAUAGUAACGUGGUGGAGCGUUAAUUCGUGUUCGUCAAACGUAAACGUGAUUAAACAGUUUCUUGGCACUGAUAAGAACUCAACUAUGUUCUUAAUCGAAACUGUUAAUGGGAAGAAAGUUUCAGGAUAUACAGAAUACGAAGGUGAAAACGAAAUAAUUUUACGAAUGGGUUCACGGUUUCGUGUCAAGGGCGACCCGUUAGAUCAAUCGAACGGUUCGUAUGUCGUUCAUUUAAUUGAACUCGGUGAGAAUAAUAAUCAAUCAUCAGCAGGAGCUACGAGUGGUAGUUCAAGUAAGUUAUUUAUAAUUUGUCUUAGUGAAAUAACCCUUCUCUAUGAAAUAUGUGUGUAUAUAAUGACUUUAAAAUUUCCAAGUUCUAAUAAGUGUACUAAUGAUAAAGAAAAAAAGUAA